AUGCAUUUAAAAAAGGUGCAUUUUGGAAAUAGUUAUCCUGAUUAUACUAAUUUUAGUUUAGUCCAAAUACCACGUCUCAAGUUUAUUCAAGCUAAAGUAAAAAAUGAUAAAAAUAGUACAUUUCCAAGAAGAAUUGGUUUUGAAAGAUCAAAUGCACCUGUGCAAGAUAGUUUUGGUCAAAAGAUAAAACGAGUUGGUACAGAAUUUUUGGUAUUGUUUUUUAAUUCUAGUUCAAUACAUGGGUUAAAUCAUUUGACGCAAUUCUCACGACAUCCAGUUGAAAUAAUAAUUUGGCUAUUUAUUGUUGGUAUGGCUUUAUUCGGUGUUGUAUAUUUAAGCCUGGGUACAUGGCAGCGUUAUCAAAUUAACCCUACAGUUAUUUCCAUGGAGCGUGAUAGAUUUGGUUGGAAUACUUCAUUUCCACCAGCAACAAUUUGCCCAACAAUCAAAAUGAAUGAACAAAAACUACGAAAUGAAAUUGGUAAAUACAAUUUCUCUGAUAACGAAAAAGCUAUGGAAUUUAUAACAAAAUUGGCUCAUGUGAAUUAUUCAAGUCUUACAAGUAUUGAUUUUCCAGAUUUUAAUGAAAUUGAGAUGUCAAAUUCAGGUUCUACUGGUGAUCAGUUUCAAUUGGAAAAAACAAUUACAGAAUUGGGUAUUUGUUAUGCUUUUAAUUCACAAUUAGCAAGAUAUUCAGCUCCUGAUUAUUGGGCUAGUGGUAAAUGGAAUCAAUUGUAUGGAAACAACACAUUCUACGUACAUCCGUUAGAUGGUGAAGUUUUUGCCAAUAUCGUUAACAUGUCUACAGGAUUCUACAUGUAUAUGCAUGGACCAGAAGAAACCAUUGAUCUUGUUACACAAGGUCAAUUUGCUUCUAAUGGUUUCUUUUUACAAAUGUAUUUAGCAGCUUCAGCAUUAUUUAGCACUGAUUCAGCUAAAGAAUUGACAAUUCAGCAACGAAAGUGUCGAUUUAUACAUGAAUCAAAUCUGAGGCACAGUCCUGCAGUCUAUAGUUAUAACUUAUGUCGAAUGGAAUGUCGAAUUCAGUUAUGUUUGAAAAAAUGUAAAUGCAUACCUCAUUGGUAUAGACCUCGUGAAGGUGAAAAGGUGUGUGACAUUAAAGGACUCCAAUGUCUACAUCAAUACAAAGAUUUGUUGAUAUUUCUUGACACACCGGGUCCUGGUAAAUCAGCUGAACAAGAAGACUCUACCAUACCAAAAACUCACAAAUCAUUGUGCAGUUGUUUACCAAAUUGUGAUUAUGUUAAGUAUGUAAUUGAGGUAGCAGAUGCACGAGAAUGGUUUCUAGGAUCAAAUUUACAAUGGGGCUUGAAAUACUACCCACGGAUGCGUUUAAAACGUGAUAUUUUAUUUGGAUUUACUGAUGUAUUAGUGUAUGUUGGAGGAAUGGCAGGUUUGUUUUUAGGUUGCAGUGUGUUAAGUUUUGCAGAAAUCAUAUAUUUCUUUACUAUUCGAUUAUUUUGGUUUGUAAUUGAAUAUCGAAAACAAACACAUAUCAUUUUAAACAAAUAG